AUGGUAUUGGAAUCUCGCUCUCUAAUGUAUUGUGCUGUCCCGAAAGUAGCAACAAAAACUCUUCUUAAUGCUAUGCUUUAUAUGCAUGUGCAAGAUAUAAUUGAUAAUCUCGAUCGUAAUGGGACAUAUAUUGGGGCUGACAGAGCUGAAUGGGAAAAAGAUACGAAUAUUACUUUAUUCACUAAUGAACUUCGACAAAAAGGAAUUGUAAUUCCAAAAACAGAAGAACCAAAAUCUCUUGCAGCAUUUCUUCGUAUGUAUCUUAAAGUUCUUCGAUUCGGCAAUAUCAACGGAACAUAUUAUUCUCGAUCUCUUAAUCCUUGGAGGCUCUCUUUUAUGUUUUCAUUUCCAUACUUUCGUCUGCGUAGUCUUCCUAAUUUCUCUGAUAUAUUCUCACCAUCUUAUACUCGAGCCAUAUUUGUUCGUCAUCCAUUUGAACGUCUUGCAUCAGCUUACAAAGAGAGAAUUGCAACACUCAAACAAGAUAGAAUUGAACCUGAACCUGUAUAUGAUAAAAUACGCGAGGAAAUCUGUCGAAGUCUACCACCAAAACAAAGAUCAUGCAAAGGGACUAUUCCUUCAUUUGAAGAUUUUAUUGAGUAUAUUCUUAUAGAUACUAACACAUCAACUGGAAUUGCUAAAAUGGACUAUCAUUGGCAACCUUAUUCAUUGAUUUGUCAAGUCUGUAAAUUUAAAUAUAAUUUUAUUGGUAAAUAUGAAAUGUUGAAUGAUGAUUUUAAUUCUUUUCGCAAAAUUGCUAAUUUAUCUGAUUGGAACCUUGAGAAGCGAAAUGGUGCAUCAGGUCUGAGUACAUAUGAUUAUCAAAAGUUUUAUUCAACAUUGCCCGAUGAUCUAAUUUGUCAACUCAUACGUCUCUAUGAUCAAGAUUUUCGUCUAUUCAACUAUCGAGUAGAUGAUUAUAUUAAUCGACCUACAUUAUUAGAAAAUUGUAACCAAUAUGAAAAUUCGUCAACAGUUUUAUUAUUGGAUGUAAAAGAAAGUUUUUCUAUUGGACCUCAACAUAAACAAAAAAUACGUUGGUCAUCAAAAACUUUAAAUAUAUCUUCUAUUUGGUUAAAUUAUUAUUCACAAUGCCAACAUUUAUCUGAACAUUUAUAUAAAUUAUUUGCAUUAGCAUUAGAUUCAGAUGAACAUUGGUUUAAUAAUAAAAUAAAUCAACAUCGUUGUGCAUUACGUUCAUUAUAUUAUCCAUCAUUACCACAAAAUCAAUAUCGAUCAAGUACACCUACAGAUUAUGGAUCAUUUACAAUAUUAAAACAAGAUUCUAUUCAAGGUUUUUAA